AUGAAGUUCUCCCCAACCCUCCUCUUGCUGUCAAUGACCUCCCCCCUCGCAUUGGCUAUCGCCUCCCAUCAAGACAACCCCGCCGUCCCUGCCCCCUCUGGCUCUGGUACUCCUGUCCUGCGUCGCUCUGGCGCGGGUGACACGACAGUCAACGCCCGCCAGCGUCGCGCUAUGCUUCGAAUGCGGCAACCGGGGACGGCCGAUGAUGAGGCUGUCGCUUACACGACUGAGGCAGCAGCGCCUGCCAGUACUACCGAACCCCCAGUUGAGGAGGAUGUGACCGAGGAGGAAGAAUGUGUAGAUGUUGAAGUCCCGGAUCUUGCGAACGGCACGCUGCCUCUCAAUGGGACAGAAGGGGGGAACGGGACGGCGAACGGGACGACGUUGUCGGAGCAGGAGUUGAAGAUCAAGAGGAUGGUCAGGGUCAAGCUGCCGGAUUAUAGACGGGAUGGGGAGGGGGUCAAGGAGAGGGAUGCUGAGGCUGAGCUGGGGUUGACUGCUUCGAUUGCCAAGCUGCUGAGGUGGUAGAUACUCUACGACCCGGUUUUGGGGUCGUGAUUGUACGAUAGGGACGACAGCAUGUCUGGAUAUCGGCAUACAGGACGGUGACACUGAAGGAUGUAAUAUGAUUGCAUGGAAAGGAGUUUUGCACAUGGAUUUGUCCUCACCUAGACCCGUAACAAGCAACGCUGGUCGUGACCAAAAAAAGAAAAAAAAGAGAAAGAGAAAAAAAAGAAAAAAAAAAAGAAACAGAACCAAAAGCCUAGAAAUCGUACAUCUAUCUCCAUCUCUAUCGUGAAAAUGUCUCGCUUCGCUGUCUAUACCCC